GGAGCAUGAAACUUGUUAGAAUGUUGUAUGAUUUGUAUGAUGUAGGAUGACAAUGGAUGACAAUGGAUGACACUCCAGUUUUGUUGCUUGAUAAGUUGACCAUAGUUGAUCAUCAAAAAGGCACUCGCCAGGUUUGAAAAGAUUUUCACGGAGUUCGGCACGAACUCCGCGGCUCAAGAUCCGCUGAAUCCGCUGUUCGUCGGAGGUCGACGGACCCGAGGGAUGUCGAUGUUUCCGAGCAUCCCACGUGCCAAGGAUGUCAUUACAGAAGAAGACAUCGAGACGUGGGUUGGUGCCGUGGUGCGUGCCCUGUGGCCGGUGAUCAAGAGCGCGAACAGUGAGACACGAGAGAUCCUACUGUUCGCCGUCAAAGAGCAUGGGCUCGUGUUGGAAGAACAGACCAAAGCAAUGCGGCAGACUUUAGAGGUUCAAUCGCGCGCCAUGCAGCACACCAUCGAGACGCAAGGGAGACAGGUUUCGCGCUUGAUCGCUUUUGGCGGCCUCACCGCCAUUUUCUCCAAGUUCUGGACUGAUCUGCCACAGUGGCUGAAGCAUCGAAGAUGGGUCGUGGCUGCAGCAUAUGGUCUUGGAGUCGUCGUAAUCAUUCUGAGCGUCUAAAGCGACGGAGAAAA